UUACUACAGGCUACAGGGAGGGAGGGAGAGAGAGAGAGAGAGGGAGAGAGAGAGAGAGAGAACGAGAGAGAGAGAGAAGAAAAACUUUUCAGUGUUGUAGAGCGACAGGAAGCGCUGCAGUGAGUCGUCACCAUGCAGCUAUACCUCUGGGUGUUGGCCUGUAGUGUGGUUCACUGAUGGACUCCAAAUCCUGAAAAGCUGAAAGGGUGCAAAGUCAAGAGAGAUGGGAGACUAAAGACACGUUUGUUCUUAGCAGAGAUAAUCCUGUGAGGAGCUGGGAGAGACCAUGGGUGGGGACAGCGAUGGGGGUUCAGUGUGGCUGUGUCCUUUGUGUCAGCAAGGUCAAUUAGACCGUGAUGGUCUUGCUCUGCACCUGGCUGAAAAACACAGCGUGCUUCCUGCUUGUCUUGAUAAGCUAUUGGACAUUGCGGCUCCCAAGCACUGUUCCAGUGACGAAGUCAGAGAGUCUGGUGCACAAAAUGAUAUCAAUGGGACAUCACAGCAGCAGUGUUCAGAAAACUCGCCUUUAAUGGAGACUCAGAAUGAAGCUAUCUCUAGUAUAACUGACCAAGAUGGUUCCUCCCAGGAAAAAGAGGUGUGUGAUGAAUUGGGAGGAGUGGGAAAUGAAAACGACUGGAGUAACACGGAAUCAAAUCAAGAUAAUGUUACCCAGCCUGAAAGAUCAGAAGCCUCCGUCAAUGAUGAUAAAUCCAAUGAUAAAAGCAAUGCUGCUGCUGAUGGUGAUGUUAACCACCCUUUCAAGUGUCACGCAUGUUUGGAAUUCUUUCCCACUAGAUCGGCAUUGAGUGUACAUUAUAAUUCAGCCACCCAUAUCCAAAGGAUGAGAACAGGAGCAGGGAAUGACAGUGAUUCCUCAACCCCUGUUCUUGCUCGUCCUUAUGUCUCUAACAAACCCUACCAGUGUGCAGUGUGUCGCGUCUCUUAUAAUCAUGCCAUCACCCUGGAAAGUCAUUUAAAGUCUGUAUUGCAUCAGAGUCGUAGCAGGAAUGCUGGAAAUGCUGCAGCUAAUUCCACAACAAAUGCAGGAAAUGGAAAUGUAGCAGCAAAUGUGGCAGCCACUACUGUGGCUAAUACCACACAGUUAGCUUAUGUUACGACCAGUAAUUGUGUCACACAAGCAAGCCUGACUGCAUCCCAAGCGAUGACCAAAGAUGAAGAACAGGUUAAGCCUCAGCCUGCACCCUCAUUGCUUUCCUCCCCAGUGGCCUCAGCUCAGGCAGUAUCAGCUUUUCUUACUCUCUUAACCUCUAGUCCAAACUCUGUUCCACACUCCAUCCUCCCCUCUCUCUUUGCUGCUGGAACAGGUGCUGCACCAGGCACAGCAACUCCUCAACUAAUAACCCAGCCUCAAAUGCUAAUGCCCCUUAUCUUGAAUGGACUCCAACCUCAGAGUCCGACCUCAGAAUCCCCCAAACAACUUUUGCAGCAAACAGUGCCAGUCCUUGGUCUCAGUGCAGCACAGCAGGCUCUCUUGACCCAAGGACUUAGUGGUUUGCAAAGUCAGUGGGCUGCUUUUAGACUCUCCAAUGCAGCGCAGAUGCCUUCAGAUGAGAAUGACAAUAGUGCUGAUAAGGGAGCAGGCACAAAAGUAAAAAAUGAGGAACCACAACAGGAGUCUUGUGAUCAGCAAGUGCCACAGACAUCUGAAGAAACCUGGACCACAGAUGAUGGUUCUGUGAAAAGCGCUGUUAAUAAGGUAGAGAUUAAACAAGAGUGCACAAGCUUAAAACAUGAGAAUAAAAGUGAGGAUAGCAUAGUAUGCACUGACAAGAAGCAAGAGAAGGAUGAUAUGGAAAGCACAGCUGAAGAGGGGGGUCUGGGAGAAAAUGCAAAAAGAAGUUCUGAUGCAAAUAAAGACUCAGCAGGUCAGAACAUUCAGUGUAGUUGCCCAUCAUCUUGUCUUACUGAAUCCUGUCAGUCUCCUACACACAAUGAUAAACAUACUGUUAACAGUUCAGAGGUGAAACAUAGUCCUGCAAAAUGCAACCCCUCAGACAUUAACCUUGCCUUAAUGUCCUCACAGCAUAAGAGUGCCAAGGCUCAUGCAACGUUGUCCUCAGGACCUCCAGUACUAACCGAGUUUCAGUCUCAGGUUCUGUGGGCCUUUAUUGAGUCUCGAAAUGAGGCUGAUUCAGCAAUUCCACCAAGAGAGGACUGUGAAGCCCUUGGCAGGGAAGUGGGACUAACUGAGGAUGAGGUACGAAGGUGGCUGGUCGAUGCCCGCCGUGCCAAAGAGAGACAUAGUGCGGAAGGAAUGGAGCAUGAUGAAAUAGAAGGAAGCAUUGAAGAUGACGAAGGUGCUCUAAUGAUAGAUGAAAGCGAAUAUGGACAAAGUCCAUCAGCUGCCAGUAGUCAUGCAAUGGAUCUCUCUAACAGUUCUGAAAUACGCAAAGAAAAGGUAUAUAGCCAAAACCAAGGGGACUUGUGCUUAACCUCUGACUCAGAAAAUGAAGAAUUCUACACUUCUGUUAUUGUGACAGAUGAGGAAAGCCAAAGUAGCUCGUUGAAAGAAGAGCCAGGUAGCCCAGUUAAACAGCCUUCACAGAUAGAAACAUCAGGGGAAAGGUCAAGCGGUGGAGGAAAGGUUCUCCGCUCCACUACAGUCUUCCUUUCAGAUGCAGAGGAUGAAGAUGAAGAUCAGAGUGCAAAAAAUAAAAAGAGAAAGAGGGAGAUAGAUAAGGAGGAAUCAGAAUGCAAAAAGGAGAGGCAUGAUGCUGAUCUUGAUCUACAGUUAGAAGCACAAGCUGAUCCUCCUACUCCUCUUUCGGUUACAGUUGACCAUCAAGGUCUUCCAGCUGGAAUCUUGCAUCCCUUGCCUCUUUCCCUUUCUCUGGCCCCAUUUUCUACUCAGUUAUUCAGUCCCUAUGUCCUCUCAGUUCCAUCAUCUGUUGUUGGAGUUGGUGUUUCUGAAGCAGACCGAGCCAAAGUAGCGAACUUCACAAGUCCUUCAACUGUUACUCGCACUCAAGCUCCAUUUUCUGACCCACUUCAUGGAGCAGCCAUUGGUUCUCUUGCGCAGUCCACCCAGUUCGUGUCCAAUGGCAGUGAAUGUGAGUCUGCCUUAGAUCUCAGUAUAGGGAAACAUCAAAGUUCAACAACCUCCGCCUCUGUCUCAGCAAACAGCAAGGUAUCUCUACAAAAGACUGCUUUGCUUGAUGGUCUUGGAUUAAGGCCUACAACGGUUGGUGUCCCUGCAGAUGGGAGUCUUAUUGUUGUUCAGGUAAAGCCUGAUACUGCCAUUACAAUCCCAAAUACUAACACUACCAUUGGUAACCACAAUAGCUUGAGUAAGACAAGCACAGUGUUCAUGAGGGCUGCAGAAAAAGUAAAUGCCUCCUUAAAAGAGAGUGAACAAGAAAAGGCAAGAGACCAAAAAAGAACUAAUGCAAGAAGGUUCAGGGAUAUGAGAAGGUCCAGGACUAUCAUUCAGGCUGACCAGCUUGAUGUGCUGUAUGGAUGUUAUUUCAAAGACCCAAACCCAGGAAAGCAUGAAUUUGAACAAAUAUCAGAGUGGGUGCACCUGCCAAAGAAGGUGGUACAGAUUUGGUUUCAGAACAUGAGGGCUAGGGAGCGUAAAGGAGAAGUUCGCUUUAUCAGUGAUGGCACAUUGGCAGCUGUAGGUAAACCACUUAUAAAGUUUACUUGGCCACUAACUAAGCCCAUUUUUUCAAGUACCCCCAAAUCCAACUCAAGCCCAACAACUCCGGGCUGGGUCCCAUCUAAGCCACAAACCGGAAAUGACACCCAAAAGACAGAAAAGCUUAUGGAGGUCAAAGAACCACAGAAAAUCCCUAUCCAAGGUCUGAGCAGGCCAAAGGAAAUGGCAUCAACUACCACUGCCAGCAGUACAACAUCAGCACUCAAGACAAAAGGUGAAGCAGUGAAUGCAUUUACAAUGGUUAAAAUCGCCCCCAAAGCUGUGGCCCCAUUAGUUACAGUUCCAAUUCUGACCAGUAGCUCUGCCAUUCCACAAAACCCUCAGAAGACCAAGCUGGAGGGACAGAGUGAAGCAGACAGGACAGAGGAUAAGGAUGGACAAGAUCAAGAAAAACACAUCCCUGGGACAACCAACCGCAUGGUUCCAAAAGUAUCCACUACGCCAAUUAACAAAUCUCCAACUGUGGCAACUCAGAAACAUAAUGGCAUUAAUUAUUGGUCUCAGAAGGGUCAAAUUAAGAUAAAUACUUUGUCCAGGGAACAGCUGGGCUUGAGCACCCCACGCCCUAUCAUCACUUCAACUUCUGUCGUAACUCCGUCCAUGACAGUUACUUCACCACCAUCCAGUCAAAACCAAAAAGAAGCAAAUUAUAUUCAGCAGCACUCCACCCCGAGAAGACCACGAACACACUUGAACUGUCUUCAGCUGUCCAUUCUCCAGUCUUGCUAUGAGACCUGUGCCCAUCCUAAUGCAUUAGAGUGUGAAGCAGUGGGGACAGAGCUUGGUCUUCCACUUAAAGUGGUGCAGAUCUGGUUCCAAAACACACGUGCCAAGGAGAAGCGUUGGAGGCUACAACAAGAGAAGCUGUCUCCUAAUUCCAGUGAUCCUUCCAAGAAGUUGGACAUCAGCUCGGGCACUUACCUACAGUACAAUGCGCUCAGAGCAAACCGUCCAAUUCUGCCCAAACCAGUACAACUGACAGUUCUGGAAAGUUCUCAGUCACCUGCCGCGGGUCAGCCAGCAGCUCGCGAAACACUAAGAGGGAAAUGCGAAGUGUGUAACGUAGAAUUCGAGUCCAGAGCCGCUGCACGAGACCACGUUUUCUCUCCUCGGCAUCUUGCAACACUGCGAACCACUAACUUUGGUCAGUCUGCAACACAAAUUAACAAUGGAUCGGCUGGUGUUGUGAGCCAGGCUUCUUCAAGAUCACCAGCUAGCAGCACUAGCUAAGAAAUGAACUUAAGCUGCUUCAUUAAGUGGACCCACUAGGCUCUUAUGCUUUUAAUCGGCAAAGAAAAGGUGCUCGUUUUUAAAGCUAAUGAUCUUUUAAUUCUGCACCAUUACAGUGGGCCUGAAGAACUCUCCACUUUUGGAUGUCAGCGAGAUUUGAUCCUAAACAGAACUUAUUUCAAUGACUUGUUGCCACAUCAUUUCACUAAUAAUAAUCAAAUGAAUUGGUUAUACUGGACAUGCAAUUGCUUAUGUUGUAACGGUCUUGUUUUAUGUCUUUCACUGCUUUGUCUCUGUUUUAAACAUCUGUUUCUUUUGUGCUUGUUUAUUAUCCUUUUUUGCUAAUUCAAAACACUCUGGCUGUUUGGGAAAAUCUAGCAAUGGACCACCUGAAACUCAUCAAAAGUUAUUCAGCGAUUACGUACAUGGUACUGCUUUUGCUUGAGCCUGAAUGGUGUUCGGCAUUGGAGUUUUAAUUCAGAGUUCUUAUAUUUUGAUCAAAUUCUAUUCGAUUUUUAAAACGUCAUCAUUGGGAGUUUUUUGCCUGACAAAGUGAAUAAGAUCAUGGGUGUAUAAAAAAUGUACAGAUAGCUGAUGCGAAGUAAAUAAGACCGUAGGCAAGUGCCGAUAUUUAAAUGUCACAACAAUUGCUUUAUCACAUUUUACAAUAUUAUCACAAUAUAGAAUCAGAAACAUGCUUUUGGACAUUUUUGUAAGACUGUUAUGGAAUUCUAGUGAACAGAAUUAUGGGAUACCUGCAAUGCCGCUUCAGAUUUGCCCAGAAUAAGGGCCCAUAGAAGACAGCUGUCUUUAUGUUGCCUUCAGGAUGGGAUAGUUUAUCUUGGGGCAGAAAUGCUGCCUAAGUAGGUAGCCUCCUUCCAAAUGAAAGGUGGUGAUAUAUUAAGUGUCCACAGUAAUAUUGCGAUAUAUUGUAAAAUCAAUUAUCGGCACAUACAAAUAAAGUAUAUAUUGUUUUUUAGAAACUGAGGGAGAUGGCAAGUGUUCUGAAUCCAGACACUCUAGGAGGCUGUUAAUGAAAUGACAGCUCCUCCGUUUGCCAUCAUGACAAUCAUACAUUUUUUUUUUUCAAACUCCACUGGCUAAAUCGAAAAAUGUCAAAUGGUUGUCGUGCAGCACUUUCUUCCUUUAAAGGUCUGAAAUAUUUUAAGGUUUCCAUACUGCUUGGAAUAAAUGUUUGUAUUAUAGUGAUUUACUGUAUGUCAGAUUUUACUGAAGUGUUGCCAGCUUUUGCUGUAUUUUAUUAACACAUGGACAGGAAAGGAUCAGACCUAGCCGCUGUGCAAAAAGCCAAAGUUAAUUCUAUAUGCUAGCGCAAUUUUAAAUGAUUUUGAUAUAAAUUUGUGCAACAACAAAAUUAUAUGAAUUGUAUUUCUCCACUUUGUUGUUUUUCCCUCUUCAGUUUGUCAUAACCCUAAUGUGUUACAAAUAAUCACUGCUUGCACCAGGUUUUUAUGGGAGAUAAGUCAUUUUAUACCCUUUUCCUCAUUGUGUUUUAUGUGGGUGCAAACUGAGUACUUGUGCUGGGUAGGAACGUUUUUCUAAUGCAUCUCCAGCUGACCACGAGGUACUUUCAGUGGUUUUUGACAAGUGUCGAUUUGUUGAUACGGAAACUACUCAGUGCGACAAUGUGUGUGUUUGAAGGAAACGAAAUACUAAAGAGAACUGUCAUUUCAUUUUUUUUUUAAGUUGUAUAUUGUUAUUCUUAUUAUUAAUGUUACUAUUAAUAGUUUAACAAGAUGCAAAACUAAAAGGUAACUUUCUAAAAGGAACUCUAUUAUGAAAAUGGUAUUCCAAAGUUAAUCAUCUUUCUCUUGCUUUCUGUCAAAAAAAAAAAAACAAAAAAAAAAAAACAAACCAAAAAGCAUUUUGAGAGAGAGAGUUUUGUAAUGGAUUUCCCACACCUUGACACUUUGAGCAAGUCCAGGAAGGACUUUGACAUAUUAAGCUGAAAGUGUGUGUAUUUCAGCCAAAACAAAGUGGAGCACUUGGAUGUGUGAUGAUUCAGAGGCGUGUGGCGUUUUUUUAACGCACCUCCGUUAUUUUUUAAACACUCUGUGUUAAGCUGUAGCUCGUGUUCACUGAGCAUGAACUGAACGCAGUGCUAAACAAUGGGAUCACACAGUGUUGCACUGUUCAAAGUUGAGAGGUGGUGCAGAGACCUGCUUUUUGACUGAUUAUUUUUUUUGUUUCCAUUAACACUUAUCACUUAUAACUACUACUUGCUAUUGUUUUCAUUACUAUUAUCACAGUUUGAUUAUUAUUAAUUCAUUACGGUUUUUAAUAGCAUCUUUAUCUUCAUUGAGAUGGUCUUGGUAUACUGCGAACUGAUGGUGAAAGUGUUGUUAUGAACUAUUAGAAUAUUGUUUAAGCUUGUUUUUCCCCUACACUUGUACCUUCAUUUUGUGUUGGAUCUCCUUUGUUUUCUUAUACAGAAAAAUAAACUGAACUUCACUUA